UUGUAUUACUAUAAUUCUAGUUAUAUUUUAGGUCAGAGGAACUUUUGAUCACUAUAUUUUGAAGAAAUCCCUCUUUUCUUAAGACACGAAGAAAUCUUUCGGAAAAACAUGUUAUAAACGUGAAAUGGCUCUUCAACUUAUAAGCCAACAAAUACAAACUUAGUUUUGAUCUUAAGCAAUAAAUGCUACAAAGAUAAUUUUAAGCAGGAAUUGGUGAUGGGCACAUGGUUUCAUAGCAAAGCAAAGUCCGGCAAUCUGAGGAGCUAAGUAUAAUAUAUUUCAGUCAGAUACUCAUGUAAUUGAUAGAUUCACAGAGAGAAUAUGGUGGAUUUGCUAAUAUUUCUACCAAGAUGCAUCAUAUGCAUUUUAAUUUUGUGGUGACUUCUGCCUUGCAUGCCACUCGGUAAUGGGCACAGAACUUGUUGGACCUUGCAUCAAAGACGACAGUAUGGAAAUUCCCUCAAUCCCCCCUGGUUUUGAGUCACUUGUGCCCUUCCCGUUAAAGAGGUCAGAGGAUAACCAAGUUGGCAGUUACACAAGCUCUGGUAAUGCUUUUGAACAACAAACAGUGAAGACAGAGGUGGACUUUGACAGUAAUGAUGACUCAAAAGCUAUGAAGUCUGUUAGGCGUAGGGUUGGGAUAAAGUAUAGCCAGUUUGAUCACAGUUCCGGUGAUGAACACGAAUCUCAGCAGGUCCAGCGUGCAUUGAGGCACCAACUCCCGAAAGGGAUCAUUCGUGGGUGUGAAUCUUGUAAGAACUGCCAAAAGGUAACUGCAAAAUGGCAUCCAGAAGAAGCUCGCAGGCCUGAUCUUGACGACGCUCCUGUGUUUUAUCCUUCUGAAGAGGAGUUUGAGGACACCUUAAAGUACAUUUCUAGUAUACGUGCUAAAGCAGAAAUUUAUGGGAUUUGCCGCAUAGUACCACCUCCUUCAUGGAAGCCUCCUUGUCCUCUAAAGGAGAGAGAUAUAUGGGAGAAGUCCAAGUUUGCUACUCGAGUCCAAAGGAUUGACAAGCUUCAGAAUAGGAAUACAAUGAGAAAGAUAUUGCAAGUUAAUCAUAAUAAAAAGAGGAAAAAGAGAAGAUGUAUGAAAAGUGGAGUUGAUAAUGAAACCAAUAGUGAGGAAAUCAAAGUCCCAGAUGAAUUUGGACUACAAGAGGCUGAUAGGUUUGGCUUUGAACCUGGUUCAGAAUUUACCCUGGAUGCAUUCCAGAAAUAUGCCGAUGAUUUCAAGUUCCAGUACUUCCAUAGAAGUAACAAUAGUUCAGACGCAGGAGGUAAUGGCUUAGUGCUUCAGGGGCAGGACUGGCAGCCUUCAGUAGAGAAUAUUGAGGGAGAAUAUUGGCGGAUGGUGGAGAAACCAACUGAAGAAAUUGAGGUGCUUUAUGGGGCUGAUCUUGAAACAGGAGUAUUUGGCAGUGGAUUUCCUAAAACUGCUCAGCAAGUUAGUUCAGCUUCUGAUAUCAAGUAUAUUAACUCAGGAUGGAACUUAAAUAACUUCCCUAGACUUCCUGGUUCUGUUCUCUCAUUUGAAAGCAGUGAUAUAUCUGGUGUUCUAGUUCCUUGGCUGUAUAUAGGGAUGUGUUUUUCGUCGUUUUGUUGGCAUGUUGAGGAUCACCACUUGUAUUCAUUAAAUUACAUGCAUUGGGGGGCUCCAAAGCUGUGGUAUGGUGUUCCAGGGUUGGAUGCCCUAAAAUUGGAGGCAGCCAUGAAGAAACAUCUGCCUGACCUCUUUGAUGAGCAGCCUGACUUGCUUCAUAAGCUGGUGACUCAGCUUUCCCCCUCAAUCCUAAGAUCCGAGGGAGUGCCUGUUUAUCGGUGUGUCCAAAAUGCUGGGGAAUUUGUUCUGACAUUCCCUAGAGCAUAUCAUGCUGGAUUUAAUUCUGGCUUUAAUUGUGCUGAAGCAGUUAAUGUUGCUCCUGUUGAUUGGUUGCCUCAUGGACAUAAUGCUAUUGAGCUCUAUCGUGAGCAAGGCCGAAAAACGUCCAUUUCACAUGAUAAACUUUUGCUUGGUGCUGCUAGAGAAGCCGUGAAAGCAAACUGGGAAUAUAAUUUAUUGAGAAAGUUUACUGCAAAUAAUUUACGAUGGAAGGAUGUUUGUGGAAAGGAUGGGGUUUUAUCAAAAACGCUGAAGGCUCGUGUUGAGACAGAGAGGGUCCGGAGAGAAUUCCUUUGCAAAUCCUCAACGGCGCUGAAGAUGGAGAGUACUUUUGAUGCUACUAGUGAGAGGGAAUGCAGCGUAUGCCUGUUUGAUUUGCAUCUAUCUGCUGCGGGUUGCCACCACUGCUCACCCAAUAAAUAUGCAUGCUUGAAUCAUGCAAAACAGUUAUGUUCGUGUUCAUGGGGUGCCAAAUUUUUCCUUUUCCGUUAUGACAUCAACGAAUUGAAUAUCUUAGUUGAAGCUCUAGAAGGAAAACUGAGUGCAGUAUAUCGGUGGGCAAGACUUGAUCUUGGACUUUCUCUAAGUUCUUAUGUCUCCAGAGAGAAUAAGCAAGUACCUGGGGUCAAUGGUAAAUUAUCACAUGCCUCUCAAGGAUUGGCAGUGAAAGAGAUGAGUUCCCAAGUCACCGUCAUAUCUUCAAAAGAGCAGAAAGGGAAAGCAGAUGGAGCUGUUCCGAAUCCUACAAAGUACAUUGGCAACCCAAAAACUCCUCCGAAUUCAAAGCCACCUGUGGUGGUAUUGGCUCUGCAAAAUAUGAAGGCGACAAACUCAUCUUCUCAGAAAACUGAGGUAUCCACUCUUUCUCUGGAUUGCAAGAAAGAGAACUCUUUGCAGUUAGCUUUCAGAUACAAGGCCUCGUCAAACCAGCUUCCAUCUACAAAGGAAAACUUAGCUUCGGAGAAACAUGAAGGCAAUCAAUUGUCAUGUCCUGGCAGUAACGAAGUUGUGCUGCUCAGUGAUGAUGAGGGAGGUGAACCAAGCAAAGAACCUUCUGUUGAAAAGGAGGCAUCCGACAAGCAUACAGUAGGAAUUCAGAAGCCAGUUUGCCCUGAAAAUGUGACUAGUUCUGGUCAUUGUGUUGACAAACCAGCCUCAACAACCACCACCCCCGCCACUGUCCCUUCUGCAAUGCUUGAAAGAAUGAAGAAUGGUUCUAGUUUAGAGGGCGUAAAAGUUGAAGACCACACAGAACGUGAAACGUGUCGUGGUACCAGUCCGCAUAGCAGCCCUUGCUUUAAAAUCUCCAUGCCAGAUACAGAUUCUAGUAAAGAUGUCCCAGAAAAGGGGACUCCCAAAUGCAGUGAUGCCAAUGUAGAUGGUGACCACAAACCACAACAAAUUGAUGAAGAAAAAUCAUGUAAUGGAGAUAGUAAAAAGAAUAUGGAGUUAAAUGUUGAUCCAGGACCAGUUGACAGCAGGUUAACUGUGUCCUGUAAUCAGUCUGGCUCCCCAAACAUCUUAGAUAGAUAUUACCGCCAGAAGGGGCCUCGUAUUGCAAAGGUAGUUAGAAGAAUUAAUUGCAAUGUCGAACCCUUGGACUUUGGGGCUGUGUGCGCUGGAAAGUUGUGGAGCGACAGUCGGGCUAUUUACCCAAAGGGAUUUAGGAGUCGAGUCAAGUACAUAGAUGUCACAGAUCCAUCUAACAUGUGCUACUAUGUCUCUCAAAUUCUGGAUGCUGGACAAAGUGGACCUUUAUUUAUGGUUUCUGUGGAGCAUUGUCCUAGUGAAGUAUAUUUUCACGUCUCGGCUGCCAGAUGCUGGGAGUUGGUCCGGGAUAGAGUAAAUCAGGAGAUUGCAAAACAACAUAAGUUGGGAAGACCAAACCUUCCCCCUUUGCAGCCUCCAGGGAGUCUCGACGGAAUGGAAAUGUUUGGCUUUUCUUCUCCAGCAAUUGUGCAGGCAAUUCAGGCUCUGGACCACAAUCGCGUGUGCUCAGAUUACUGGAGAUCGCGGCCGCUAAUGCAGAUCCCUCAGCAAUCUCAAUAUGUAAGAAGUAGCAGUAUGAAGAGUGAGGAUGAUGAAGGCAAGAAAAGACAUGCUGGUGUUGAGAAAAUACUCGACGGCCUACUAAAGAAGGCGAGCUCGGAGGAACUUCAAACCUUGUACAGUAUUACACAUAACAAGAAUCCCACUGAUGAGGAGCAAAGCUUAUUGAUCCGGCUUCUCAACGAUGCGAUUCACAAGCACCCGUCAUAGACCGACCUUCCCGUCUCUGUAUCUGUAAAUGCUGAGCUCCAUUUCAGGUCGCCUUACAGGUCUGCUAUUGUUCUUCAUUUUUUUACCAUAUAGCUGAAGAUGAUGAGCAGGAUUUGUUGGGUGACUGACUAUUUUUGAAUCUUCAUUAAUUCCUGUGCCAAUAAUAGUAAUUCCAUUCUUUCA